AUGAAGGAGUGGUUUCAAAGUGGCCAUAUAGUAGUGGAGAUGGCUGCUAGGAUUAGUGAGGGGAAGUUGCGACGAGGGUGGCCGAACUGGGAGGGCUGUAGCGACGAGGAGAGGUUUCGGGGGCUAGAUUGUGGUGUUAUGGGUGGAGGAUUGGCUGGGACUGCUAGAGCUGUUGGGUUUUGGAAAGGAGUGGUUGGGGCAAGGGUAGCAAUGGCGGAGAUGUAUAACCGCAGUGUUUUGGGUGAAGGAAAAUGA